AGUAAGUUGUUCAUGACGACGACAGCUUUCUAGGUGAAGUGGUGAAGUGAAGAAAAAGAAUUAAGCAAGAAAAGAACCAAGAACCAAAGUACGAUUCUCUGUCAUUUUGAUUAGCUGACGUUGCCAGUGGGGAUACGGAUACAUAGACUUUUCAAAACAAUUUAGAAUGGAUCAAAUCACAAAGUUCAUCGAACCUGGCCGUAUGUUCGCCAAAGACUCCUUGCGACUUGUUAAGAGAUGCACAAAACCCGACAGGAAAGAAUUCCAGAAGAUUGCUGUUGCUACAGCUAUUGGAUUUUGCAUUAUGGGCUUCAUUGGAUUCUUUGUCAAACUGAUUCACAUCCCAAUCAACAACAUCAUUGUGGGAUCCUAAACACAGAAGAGCUUAUUACCGACACAUCUUAUUAUUGUCUCAUACUGAGACGCCUGCAUGAAAGAAUAUAAUGCCCUUGUUGUUUAUUGUCAAUUAUUUAUUUAUAUUUUUAUGUUCUUAUAAUUAAACAAUAAAUGACGUUUAUCGGUGAUUUGUAA